CCGAGCCGCUUCCUGCUACAGGCGAGACUCCUUCACAAGCACAAUGAAGUCAUAGAGCAAGAACCUCCCGAGACUCAUCAAUCAUCGUAUCAUCUGUUAAACCUGUGGUUUGAACACGCGUCCGCCAGAUGAAGGAGGAAGGGUGUAUGGACAUAUCUCAGACAAUGUCGUCUGGGCCCAGUGCCUUUAUCCCAAUCGAAGAGAUUCUGGAGGAAGGCUCCACACAGGAGGUGAUGUCAGAGGCUCUGUUGCCAUACAGGCAUGCAGAUCAUAUCACCAUGGUGAUGGGGAUGCAUCCCACUUACUUGGCCUGUUUUGUGCGCACCCAGCAUGCUCUGCUGCAGCUGGAUGGCCCUCUGCCUUUGUCAUGGAGACAUUAUAUAAUCAUCUUGGCAUCUGCACGUCAUCAGUGUGCAUACCUGGUGCAGCAUCACAGCUCUGCUUUUCUCCUUGCUGGUGGGGAUGAGUCUUGGCUUAGGGGUCUUCACUGUGCACCACCUAAAAUACAGCAGCUGCAGACUCUCAACAAACUACUUGCACACAGACCUUGGAUCAUCACCCAAGAACACAUACAGGAGUUGGUGUGUCCUAGUGCAGAGGCUCGAUGGUCUUUGGCAGAGCUGAUUCAGGCUGUGGUUUUGAUGAGUCAUGCCCAUUCUUUGGCCUCCUUUGUUUGGGGUUGUGGCAUUCUCCCUGAGCCAGAGCAGUCAGAUGAUCAGCCACUCCAACCGUGUUUGCCCACCGAGUCAUCUAGUUCUACCAGAAAUCAGCAUGAGUGGUCUGAAGCUUUGAGCGAAGUUCAGCGUUUGAUGGAGAAAAUGAUGUUGGUGCAACAGCAAGGUGAAGCAUUUACUCAGGAAGAGAUGGUUAAUCACUUUGAAAGAGAAAGGACAGAGAGUCUGCUGGAGCCAGUGGAUGUUGUGAGCCACGUCUUUCCUGAUUGCAUCUCACGGUUUUUGGUUGAUGCAGAUUUUAUUUACCAGGAUUUCAGUCCUAAAGGAGAACAGGCCCCCCCAACCAUGAGAGCUCAGGAUUAUUCGUGGGAGGAUCACGGUUUCUCCUUGAUGAACAGGUUGUAUGGGGAGAUGGCUCAGCUUCUUGAUGAGAAAUUUCAGGUGGUGUGCGCACUCACAUAUCACACCAUGGCCAUGCACUCGCACGUGGACACCUCCACACUCCGCAAAGCCAUCUGGAACUACAUUCAUUGUAUCUAUGGCAUCAGGUAUGAUGACUACAACUAUGGGGAGGUGAACCAGUUAUUGGAACGCAGUUUAAAAGUGUAUGUUAAGACAGUGGCAUGUCACCCUGAGAAAACCACACCGAGAAUGUACUUCUCUUUUUGGAGACAGUUCUGUCACUCAGAAAAGGUCCAUGUGAACCUGUUACUGAUGGAGGCCCGAAUGCAGGCAGCUUUGCUUUAUGCUCUCAGAGCCAUUACACAUUACAUGACCUAAUAAGCACACAUGAGCACAAGCUAUUCCAAAAAGCAUUAAAACUAGUGAUGAUCUGUAGAAACACUAUACACUCUGAUUGUAGACCCGGUGAUCUUAAAUUGACACACAUGCACAAUUUAAAGCAGACAUCUUAUUCACAGUAGCAUCAUAAUUGAUUUUUGACAGGGAUGAAAACGAGGCUGUGAGGGAUUGACAUAGUGUCUCUUAUGGGUUUUAAUGUUGUUGAGUAUUUUUGACAGUUCUGUGGGCAUAACAUGGGGAAAAAAUCAUUCUUUCUAAAGAUUUUCAGCAGACAACAAACUCCAUAAAGUACAAGAUGUAAAAUUUAGAUGUGAUCUUGGACCUUGAUACGGCUUUAUAAAGUGCAUGCCAUUGUAGAGCCUGUUAGUCUAUCCCUCACGGGCCUGUUUUCAUUCGAGUCAAACAUCAAAUAUGGCACCACGGCGAAUAAGGUCUAUAUAGUUUGAUAUUUUUUUUUUCUUUGCAAUAUUUUAUGGGAUGGUUGAUCUGCUGCUACCAGGUCAUGUUUGGAUUUUGGAGGCAGGGAAUUUUGCACGUCUUAUGAGUAAAACGUCUCGCUGUGACCUCUCUUAUACUGUGAAUGUGUCUUUGCCCUGCUGCAUUAUUCUGUUUUUAUUGUGUGUGUUGAUAAAUGUUUAUGUGAGUUUGACACUAAGAACUCUGCAUUGCAACUUUCUCAGAUUGAGAGCUGAUUUACAGCGGGCUAAACUGGUUGAAAAAAGCACAUUUUGUUUUUGGUGUUAUUUGUGCAAUGUCUUUAAAGCAUUUUUAUGUAUAAUAAAAUAUUUUACUAUGA